AUGUUUUUUCUACCGCCGGUUAGUGACAUCGGUGAUCCAGGUUUCGGUCAAAUUAUCGGAAUGUCAGCAACGUUGUCGAAUAUUAGCGAACUAGCUGGCUUCCUUCGCGCAUAUGUCUAUUCGACCUCAUUUCGACCGGUUGAGUUGCACGAGUUCGUACGAAUUGAGCAGAAUAUGUGGAAAAUAAACUCUGGUGGUGAACUUGAGCAUAAUGCUGUUCUGCCGGCUAAUCGUCUGUCGAAAGCUGAUCCAGAUGGAUUGUGCCAGCUGUUGAUUGGGGUGAUUCCACGACGUUCUGUUCUGAUUUUCUGUCCCACCAAAAAAAGCUGUGAAAGUGUAGCGACCAUGGUGGCGCGAUGUGUUCCUGAGGAUGUGCGUAAACGGAAAAUUGAUGAAAGAAAGAAGGUUCUAGAGUCGAUGAAGGAAGACUGCGAAGGACUGAUAUCGUCAGCAUUGGAAAACACGAUUCUAGCAGGAGUAGCUUACCAUCAUUCGGGACUGACGCAUGAAGAAAGGAAACAUAUCGAGGCUGCUUACAGUGAUGGUAUUAUUUGUGUGGUUUGUGCUACUUCAACGUUAGCCGCCGGUGUUAACAUGCCAGCAAGAAGGGUAAUUAUAAAGGCUCCCCUGGUUGGCUGUGCUCCUCUAGGCAAAGCGCAGUAUAUGCAGAUGGUUGGACGGGCUGGUAGAGCCGGGUUUGACCAGAAAGGCGAUAGUAUUACAAUUGUUCGACCUGGUCUCGAGGAGAGGCAGUUUCGUUCGAUGAUUGCCUCGCCGAUGAUCUCUUGUUCGAGUGGUUUGGCACGUUUGGAGUACCUAACAGCGUUCAUUGUAGAUCUAGUCACACUGAAGAUUGUUAACUCGUUGGAUUCUCUCUGUGAGGCCCUUACGCAUACACUAUUACAUGCACAAAUUGGUUAUGCAGCUGUGAGAAAUGUGGCUAUGGAGGCAAUUGCCAAACUCAAGGAAGACGGCUUGCUUGUUGAGGACGACGAGGCAAUUCUCUCAUCUUCUCAGCUUGGAUCCGCAACGUUCGCUGCAAAUCUUUCACCAUUGGAAGCUCAGCGUCUCUCAGUCGAUCUUACCUCGAGUCUGAACAAUGGAUUAGUAUUUUCUUCUCAUUUUCAUCUUCUUUUUACCAUAGCUCCUUAUGACGCUGCAUGUCCUGUAGACUGGAACUUGUUCCAUGACUUGUACACUGCUUUAUCCGAAAGCGAGAAAAAAUUGCUGUCAUCGUACGGUAUUCCGGAGUGCGUCAUUCUGCAGCAUAUAGUCAAGAGAAAGCAAUUGGAGGCCGGGGAGCCUGCUAUGCGCCUCUACAUAGGCUUACUAUUGCAGGAAAUCUGGAAGCAGCAACCUCACGCCGUCGUUGCUGAUAAAUUCGGAGUUGAUCGUGGCUGGCUGCAGAGUACGCUACAGAAUGCGAUAGCCCAGGCGGCAGCUGUGGCAAAGUUUUCGGAGAAGAUCCCAUCGUUGUGGCCUUUACGUCUUCUCCUGCCCGAACUGGUACAGCGGCUGUCAGACUGUGUCGUAGUUGAGCUUAUACCGCUGAUGGCAAUUGAUUGCGUCAAAAGAGGGCGAGCACGACAGCUCUACGCCGCAGGAUAUAAAAACGUAGCCAAGGUUGCAAAAGCGAGUUAUAAGGACCUUUUGAGGGAUAUACCAAAUCUGAGCAGGUUUAACGCAAUACGAAUGGUCAACUCUGCAAAGGCUAUUCUGCGCGAUCAAGUAGACGAAAAAAUGGAGGAACUUGACGCCAUGGGUGUGGAGUUUUCUGAGAUAGAACAGCGAGUGAAAGGCACUAGCUGA